UAGCAUUAGGUUAGGACACUGAAACUAAUCCAAUUGACUUAGGCAUAUGUAAGACUUUUAUAAAACUGAGAGAUCGUCCAAGACGUGGCUUAAUGCAAUAUUAGGCAUCAACAUGCUGGCCAUGGCAAGAGCACAACUGUUGAUAUGCUGUCUUUGGCUAGUACUUGGCUCCAAGUAUGUCCAUAUGUUGCCGUGUAAGGAGAAUGCUUCACAUAAUCAAAAACUUGAUGUUGAUUACCGUGAAGAAGGUCAUAAUCGCCAAGCCAAGUCAAAAGAGUUGUCGAUAAAGAUUAAAAUUUACCAACCAGAAAAUGAACGUGAAAAUCCCUGUUCUACGAAUGAAGAGAACGAUUGCGAACAAUCCGGAGAGAAACAGCACGAGAAUCAGCAAAAUAAUAAGCAUGAUAAUAAGAAAGAGAAUCACCAAGAGAAUAAGCAAGAAAAUCAUCAACAAAAUAAGCAAGAGAAUCAGCUGGAGAAUCUGCAAAAAAAUCAGAAUCCAGGUCAAACAAAUGGUUUCCAAUGGAUCUUCAAUUAUAUAAGCCAUUGGGAACUUCCUCUGCCAACGUAUAGAGAAUCUGAAGUAUCCAGCCUAAGAAUCGAACCUGGCACAGAAACUACCCAACAUUCCCCUGAGAGUCCACCUACAAGCGAGACACUUCCACCAAUUUAUGGCGGCUGCGUAGCUUUCUGUCCUUAAGAAACGUUAUCAAUUCAAGAAAGCACAACUUGAUGUAAAUCAAUAAAAUAUCUAUCCCUGUGUAUACAUAUAUUCUGAA